UGAAUUCUAACGAUAUUUCAUUGUAUCGAAUUACAUCUGAAAUCUUACGACCCAAGCGUUGAUUGAAAACCAACGCUGUCAGACGAUCUACGUUUAACUAAACGCGACAUACGGAACGAUUUACCGUUCAAACGAUUCGUUUCUCUUCCAAAAUGCAACUUUCCUUUCAUUGGAUACACUUUAGAAAGUGUACGCUAGAUUCGGUGAACAAUAGGGUGGUUUCAAGUAUAAUGAAAGUAAUUGAAACAUUUAACAAAGGGUAUAGCAUAGAACUGGGAACGUAUUCGUGGAUAAUAGAACCGGGAGUUUUGGGUAAAAAAGAGGCAACAACGUGUUUUAAUGAUAUUAGACAGUAAAAAUGUGGAAUACGAAACUAUUGACAUAACUGAACCAGGAAAAGAGAUGGAGAAAGAAUUUAUGCAAUCUAAUAGUAUUGCAAGAGAAAGUAAAUAUCCAUUACCUCCACAAAUAUUUAAUGAAGAUGAAUAUUGUGGGGAUUAUGAAGAUUUUGAUUUGGCAAAUGAAAUAGAUGAAUUGGAACAAUUUUUGAAAGUGGCACCUCCUGCUAGUGCAACAGAAACUGCUCUUGAUUCAAAUCAGAGUAAGGACAUUCAAGAAAAUGGAAAUACUACAAGUCGAGAGCCUUCCAUAGAUAAAGAUGUGGCAACAGUACAGGCAGAAAGUACAGAGGAGAGGACAACUUUGCCAGAUGAAAAUAUAGAGCCAGAUGAAUCUAGACCUACAGAUCAUGAUGGUGGAACAAAAACAGAGGAGGAUGCAGAGGAUAUGAAAGAGAGUGUUGAAAAAAAUGAAGAAAAAUCUGGGGAUCAAGAGAAGGAAGAGUAGGUGUUAAAUAAGCCCAUAUGAUAGUGGGACAUUCAUAUUUUUUUGACAUACUUGGUUUUUUUACCAGUAAGGGUAUUUUAUAAAAGUUAUAUUUAUCACACUUCUAAGGCUGAGUGAAGGUACUGCCAAGAUAAAUUCCUGCUUAGCAGAAAACAUAUUAAACAAACAGUAUAUUCGAAGUAUAAGUGAUACUUUUAUAGAAAUAUUUUAUAUUGCGAUCAAGCAUGUUUUCAUCAUCAGAUUUUCAAUAGAUCUGAUUAGAAAAUAUGAAUUAAUUUCAUCAUUUUUCAUAUCAGUAGUUAAUAUAACUUUUUUUUUAAUUCUUUAUGCCAAUAUUUUUGAUUGUUUAUGCCGUAUUUUAUCUUUUAUUUUUAAUCACGAUUUUAAUAAUGCUGUAAGAAUAAUAAAUUUUCAGUAUUGAGGAUAUUUUUCUGUUACUCACUAAAAGGAUAAUGAAAUUAUUUGUUUUCAUUUCAGAUAUCUUAUUAGGUAUUAAUUUCAUAAUUGUUUUUAAGCGUUUACUGAAUGCCUCUGUAGAUUCACCAAUGGUCUAACAAUUAGUUAUAAACUAUACUUCUCAGUCGUAGUGAGAAGCAACUUCCAUAAAUGCUCCAGAUUUUAUCAUUUUCAUUAUCUGAUUUUAUGUGAAAUUUUAACAAAAUGUAGAUUUUUAUUACGUAAUACUAGUAAGUUCGGACAGUACAACACUCAGUUUUGCAUAAGAUUACAAAAGACGACACAAAAUUAGUUACGAUAAAUUUUACAAAUACCGUGCGCACUAAUACUUCAUUAUUAUCAAGGUCAUUCUGAAGUAAUUCUUGAUAGUAUUUCCAUGAAAGUUAGAAUUAAUUUAGGAAAUUUUUUAGUUUCCCAUAAUCUAUCUGAUAAAAUUUAAGUUGUUAUAUUUGUAAUAAUCUUAUUAUUGCUAAUCUAAUUCGUACAGAUACUUCAAAAGAACUGAAAAUAAAACAGGUAUAGAGCAAUUUUUUUAGUGAUAGAAAUCAUGAAAAUCUUGAACCCAUUUAAUCAAAGGCCUACUUACGAUUAUUUCUACGAAAAUUAAUAUCGAUAAAAUAUAUUUAGCCAUACUAUAGUAUUCAUUUACACGGCUUGUAAUAAAUUUAUACUCUACUUACUUGCUGAUCAGAUAAUAGGCAGGUAUGCAUUACGAAUAAAUCAAAAGCUUUAUGCGAGUUAUGAACCAUUUGUUAUAAGGCAAAAAAGCAUAAAAAUAAAGUUUAUGCGCGAGAUAA